AUGGACGACGACAUCGCAGACACAACCGACACAAACCCAAGCGACACUGCCCCAGCCGACACAGCCCCAGCCGACAACAUGUCCGACACAGACGCGUCGACCAGCGCCGCCCUCCGCCGCGUCCGCACGGCCGCCAUCGACGGCCAGGCACACAACCCCGUCUUCCGCAAGACGCAGCUGGCCAAGCUGCACGCCGCGCUGGUCAAGGACGGCGAGCGCCUGCAGGCGGCGAUGCUGGCCGACGGCGAGAGCGCGGGCGUGCGGGCGGCGGAGGUGGCGGUCGAGUACAGCCUGGCGCUGCAGUGCGUCGCGGACCAGUUUGCCGGCGUCGACCCGGUGCAGGCGCUCCAGGACGAGUAUGCCGUCGCCCGCGGACAGGACGCGCCGCAGAGCCGCGUGCCCGUGGGCGUCGUCGUCGUCGAGACGGCGGAAAACAACAGCAGCAACAACCACACGUACGUGUUUAGUCUUCUCUCGGCCGUGGCGCCGGCGCUGGCCGCGGGCAACUGUGUCGUGGUGCACACGCCGCAGACGCUGCUGCAGACGCCGCGCCUGUUGCUGCAGACGCUCGCGGCCGCCCUCGACGCCGACAUCUUUUGGGCCCGCACGACGGCCGCGGCCGCCCCGACCGACGCCGCCCUGGGCCACCGCCACGUGCGUGUUCUGCAGACGUCGACAUCGACAUCGACAUCGACAUCGACAUCGACAUCGACAUCGACAACCAGUACAGCAGCAACAAUCAGCUCCCCCACGUCGCUGCCGCCGGUCGUGUCCCAUGCCAGCCGCGUCGUCGCCAUCGUCGAGCGCGAUGCCGACAUUGCCGCCGCCGCGACGGCGCUCGUCCGCGCCCGGUUCUCGUUUGGCGGCCGCGCGCCGUAUGCGCCGGACGUUGUGCUGGUGAGCGAGUGGGCCAAGACGGACUUUUUGGCGGCCGCGGCGCAGGCGGCCGCGCAGUUCACGGCCGAGGGCGGCACCGCGGCGGGCGAGAUCAAGACCGAGACGACAAAGGCGAAGGUGACGAAGGCGGCAGAGGCGGCAAAGGCGGCAAACGGAAACCAGCGCAGUGACAGCCUCCUGUCCCGCCUGAAACACGACGCCGCCGCGCGCAUCAUCGCGCAGGGCGCCAACGGCACCGUCACCAGCAUCGAGGACCGCGCGUCGGCCGCCCUCGACGCCAAGAUUGGCGAGCCCCUGCUGGCCGUCGUGGCCGUCACCAGCGUCGACGACGCCAUCGACCUGGCCAACCGCCUGGGCGACCGCCCCCUGUCGGCGGCGUUUGUCUUUACGGCGUCGGCCCCGGCGGCCAAGUACAUGGGCCAGUUUGUGAAUGCCGACCUCGUCGUUGUCAACCAGUUUCCGGCGACCUUGCUAGUCGGCCCCGUCGCCCCGUCCGGCCACAGUCUGUCGCCCCCGUGGACCGGCCGCUACACGACGGCCCACUUUAGCCUGCCCAAGCCCCAGUUCAUCGCCGUGCCCAAGACGCGUCCAUUGGUAGACAGCAUCCUGCUGGGCGGCACCGCGCGCCCGCUCCAGGAACUGCAGGCCAAAACGGCGGCCGCUCUUGUGCCGUUUGAGCGGCCGGCCAAGGCGGCCUACGUCGGCUUUUUCGAGCAGGGCAUCCUCCAUGCGCCCCCAUUCCGUGUCGCUGCGGUUGCGCCACGCGUGCAUGGUCCCGCGCUGCACGCAGACGUCGCCCCGCUGCAUGACGCGCGUCUCGCCCGAGUCCAGGAUCAGCUCGACGUCGCCCUCCAGGACCACGCCGUAGUCGAGGCUGACGGUCCGGUGCAUCGCCGACGUCGACCCGGGCGGCAUGUCGACGUAGCGCAGGACGGUGCCGCCCGAGACGGUCAGGCCCGGCGCGUCCUGCAGAAAGUCGCGGUAGACGGCCAGGUCGGCGCCCGUGUCGUGGACGCUCGCAUUGGCGGCGUCCUGGGCGCCGAGCGCGACGGGGAAGCCCCGCGUCACGUAGGCCUGCGCGAAGCCGACAUCGGGGACGUGCGGCAGCUGGUAAAACGGCGCGUCCUCGGAAAUGUCCUUGUCUUUGAGCAGCACCGCCUGGCCGGCCUCGUUGUGGGUGGUGAUGAACCGCUUGGGAAGGCGGAGCUUUCCUUGGUGGGCCAUGACGAGGGGGGAACGUGA